CACUGCGACCUUGACGCUGACCUAUAUGGCUAAUACUCAAGUGACCUUGACCCGUACAGUGACCUUCACCACGGCCUUUGAACCCCUCGUGGCACGUAUCAAAGGUGGUGAACGCAUAACCACUGGAGAGGCUUCCAGUCCCUUCGACCUAGAUUGCUCGCUGUCCAGAGAUCCAAACUAUAAUGGCGAUGAACCUGAUGAGGGACUUAUGUUUCGAUGGGGCUGUUGGCAGGAGACUGAUAAAACCGGAUGCAACCCUACGUACCCAUCAACGGAAGCUGUUUUGACUGUUGACCCUUCCGCGUUGACAGCUGGGAAGGCCUAUUCUUUCUCUUGCUACGUCACAAAGGCCGAGUUUGACGGUGAAGUACAUAGCAGUGUGACGGUCGAUGUUACGGAAAACAAUCCACCUCUGAUUUCGCUGGCCCUGCUCCAAUCGAAGGACGGAUCUUACAGACCGAGGAGAGACAUAGAGAUACGGGCCAACGUCAGGGGUGAUGACAUCAGCGAAAUGAGUUGGGAGGACGUAGGUGGCGGUCUUGAUGGAUUGGGGGAAGACGAAUUCACGGAGUUCAAAGACGUAACACAGACGGAUGCAGAGACAACAUUAACUACUUCCGAGGUCACACGUUCAUCUAAGCCAUAUACUGUCAGGUUCGGACAGUACUACUCUCUUCUGAAAAUUAACAACGCAACCCUCGAAGCCGGUUCUCAGUAUAGUGUACAGUUUAGCGCCCUCAACGGGGAAGAUACGGGUUCUUCAACAAUUGACUUCCAGGUUCUUGGAAAGGUAACUGGUUGCCAGUUUGAGUUUGGUGGAGACGACACGUACGUGGACACUGCUUCCGACGUGAUGUACACUGUCCAGUCAUGUUCUGCAGAUGAGGACAAGGUCCUUACUUACCAGGCCUUUGCUCAGGUAUCCCUAGAGGACGGGCAGAACUCUCUGCGUCUCCUCGGUCAGACCUCGGAGAUGCCAGAGCUCCAGGUUGACCACGACGUCUAUGAUAAGGUCAAGAGCAAGAUAGAAGCCGGUGACACAGUGCCUUUCAAAGUCGGUGUUAGGGUAUGCUACCAGCUGACCAAAGUAUGUGCGGAUUUCACGAAAGAUGUGACGUAUGCCCACCAACCCCUAACGGCGGAAGACAUCGAUGACAAGAAGGAGGAAAUUAACGAUUUGAAGAACGAAGGACGACCGGUGGAAGGACUUAAAACAGCGAACAGCGCGCAGAAGGCUAGCGCCGACUUGUCUACUGAAGCCGCACGGAAGAGACGAGCAGCAAUAAGCUUUGACCAGACCUUACUGGAAUUGCAAAAGGAACUACUGAUCCUUGCUGCUGGGGACCAGAGCAAUUAUGACGGCUACCCUGGCGAUGUUCUAUCAAUGGUGGAUGCGGCCAUGGACGUACCUAUCCCCGCAUACCAACGGGAAGAGAUAAGGGGUAUACUGGACGCACAAAGGAAUGUGCUUCAAUCAGCGAAGGAUCUUGACGACCGCUUACCGCAGGAGACCAUUGAUGGGGUUCGCCAGCAGCUGGAGGAUGCCAAAAUAGCAUUCCCGGACAGCGUGUUCUUCACGGAGAACAGAGAAAUUCUUGGACUGCUUUCAAAGUGCAUGGGCAAGAACCUGGCAACCGGUGAAAGAAUUUCAUCAUACGGUGAUGACAUUUUGAUUACUAUCGAGGCCACACUCAAUAUCGAUCCCAUAAUGAUACCUAAGGGCGAUGGCUCUAUCACCUUCAAAGGUGGGGAUGACGUCAGAAAUAGAUACGACACCUCGUGGGAGGGAUGCGGAUGCGAGGAGUGCGUAGGAGUUCUGGUUGAAUUCUUCAUCUACCGCGGCCAAGACUACGUGGCCGGUGAGUCACAUGACAGUGACGUCAUCGGGAUGCAGUUCGUCAAUCCUUGCACAGGCGACCCGAUGGAAGUGCGCGAUCUUUACGACCCCGCAACCAUAUCAAUCCCCUUCUCAUCCCCCUGGCCGUCCACGACCCGCCCCGUCUGCUCGUAUUACAAUGACACCAACAUGGAAUGGAGCCAAGACGGUGUGCAGACAGUCGUCGAUGGGAUGGAUGUCCGUUGCGAAACCAAUCAUACCACAGAAUACGUGAUCGAUUUUGUCAUCGAGGAUGGCGCUGUAGCGGAACCCACACCAACCACCUCCACUAGAGGAGAUGACAUGACCACUCUCGAAGACGACGACGACGAUGAUGACGACGACCAAAUCCCUGGACUGACUGCUCUGCUGGGCAUGGGUAUAGGCGUGAUUGUCGGCAUCGUUGUCGGAGCCAUUGUCGUUCUCGCCAUCAUCGUCAUCCUUAUCGUAGUCGUCCUCAAGAACGUGAACAAGCCCAAGAUGAUGGUCUCACCCGUCGUCAAGGCAUAAAUUCUCAUCAAUUCUUCUUUCUUUUGUUCUUACUAUAUUCCGUAUUUCCUUACUUUGCUCCCUACAAAUGUAUUCACAUUUCUUUCGUAUAUGUUGACGAUUCGAAAGUGCUAAGUUUACAACUAAAGUAGCCCCCCCCCUUAAUACGUUUACAGGCACACAACUCAUGUUAGUCCCUGAGCGUAACAAUUAUGCAGCCCAUAAUAGUGAGACUAUGCUGACGUCAUAAUCUAAAGGCUCUAACUGAACUGUUUGACAGACAGAGACUGCCAGAUAUAGGCUCUGAACAAGGCUUCAUGAGUUGUGUGAAAAAAUGUCCGAUAUGAUUCUUUGCUUUCAGACAACCCGGCCCCCUCCCACUUUCUUAAUGUUGUCCUUUUCCCUGCAUCUUUCAUUUUAUAUAUAAUCGUUGGUGUGCCCUUUUCCUUCACCCUCUUACUUCAUUUAUAUCAUUACUCAAUUACUUUAUAUUUGUAAUUUUUUUUUUUUUUGUAUGUUUGUUUGUUUUUCAACCGUUACCAUUGGUUAAUUGUAUGAAUGUUAUCAUAAGAUUUAAUAUUACUAAAGCUGUUUUCGGAGAAUCGUUUUUGUUAUUUAAAGCUUGUGAACAAAUUGCAUACAAUGAAAUCUUGAAGUAAAACCUCUAUGGUACUUUGUAGUGAUAUUUGCUCUGAUUAAUGUGAAGGUUACUUUGGAAAAGAAGUUCAUGGUAAAGCAGCUUUAGAACGAAGGGCUUAAGAGGGGAAGUAAGAGUAUGGCGGCACUGAGUACAACUUUAUAAGCGUGAAGAUAACACCGAUUUAACCAAAUGUACAUUAUCCACUGUUCUUUUGGGUGAUUGAGAGAGGAAGGAAGAGAACAAAAUGAGAAAGAUGUAAAUAUUUAUAUUUUUGCACAGAGAGGGAUAUGGUAGUUAUAUAUUGUACACAACAGAAGAAAGAAAGACGAGUUUGCUAGAAAUUAUAUGUAUCAAACCAAUUUAUUAUGGUUCGAAUUAUGUUUUCAUGCAAAACAUUGUUUUAAUGUCAUCACUUUAUCAAUCACCUUGAAAAUGACAUCUUUACCGAUGUUUUUUGUAUAUAAAUAUCAUCGUUUCGUUUGUUUGAUGUGUAAAAUGCAGUGCAUUUACUAUUUUCUA